AUGGGCCUAGUCCGAAAGCCUAAAAUUCGGCAGUAUUGGGCCUCUAGUCCCAUCCAUGCCACCCCAGCUUUUCCUGCAGUUAUGUCAAGAGACCGCUUUGAAGCAUUGCUGCGCUUUAUGCAUUUUAAUGAUAAUUUGCAGUGUCCCCCAAGCAGUGACGCCACAUAUGACCGACUGUUCAAACUGCGGCCCCUAAUUUCUUUUCUGUCUAAGAAAUUUGCAGCGGUUUAUACCCCGGACAAAAAUAUCUCUAUUGAUGAAUCCCUGAUGAAUUUUAAAGGCCGACUGCAUUUUAGGCAGUUCAUAACAUCCAAACGUGCCCGGUGUGGCAUAAAAUUUUACAAACUGUGCGAAAGCACAACAGGAUAUACAUAUGGAUUUCUGAUCUAUGAAGGACGGGACAGACAUAUCAACCCCCAGGGCUGCCCAGACAAUCUUGGAGUCAGUGGGAAAAUUGUCUGGCAACUGAUCCAACCUCUGCUUCACCAAGGCUACAACCUUUACGUCGACAAUUAUUACAGCAGUGUGACACUUUUUAGAUCUCUGCAUGCUGCUGGCACAGGAGCAUGUGGGACCGUACGGAAAAAACGCAAAGAGUUUCAACAGCAGCUGGUGAGACAACGUUUACAGAGAGGCACAUCACUCAGUUACCAACAGGAGGAAAUGAUGGCUGUCAAAUUCUCAGACAGAAAAGAAGUCUAUAUGCUGACAACAAUCCACCCAGAGGGCACAGUGACUGUAACAGAACGGGGGUCAGCUACACCGAAGGAAAAGCCACUGUGCAUUACGGCAUACAAUAAAUACAUGGGUGGAGUCGACCUCUCUGACCAGAUCUUGCAGCCCUACCUGGUGCUGAGGAAAUCUAAAACCUGGUAUAAAAAAGUGGCAAUAUAUCUUAUCCAGGUGGCAAUCCACAAUUCAUUUGUCCUUUAUAAAAAAUCUGGUGGUACUGACACCUUCCUGCAGUACCAGGAAAAAAUUAUAGAACACCUGAUGUUUCAAGAAGACCCCAGACAACCUGCAGAAUCAGAGGAUUUUUUGCAUCCUAUCCCAAUCACAGCAAGCUGCAAAUUCCCCAGGAAGAAGUGUCGUGUGUGUGGCAAAAAUGGCAAAAGAUGCGAUACUCGUUACCACUGUCCCACGUGCCCUUCCAAUCCAGGCCUGUGCCUCGACCCUUGCUUUGAAAUUUACCACACCAUCCCACAUUAUUAG